GAAUUUGUGGCUCUAUUGUCUUUGUGGACAUAGACGUUCUCAUCGCCCGCUUUUUUUUUUCGAAUUUUCAACUCUUCAGCAUUCCCAGCAGCAUCAACACCCCGGUGUUCUUAACUUUUUUUUUCUUCCUCCAAAAACAAGACCAAGACCACAAGAUGGCUCCGACAAAGUCCUCGGCUAAGGGCAAGGGCCCUUCGUCGUCCAAGGGAGACGCCAAGAGCAAGCCUCUCUCGUCCGCGACGAAAGUGAGCAAGAAGAACGUCAAGCGCCCGCCGCCCAAGGAAGUCAAGUCGAAAGCGCGCACGGAAUCCAGCCUGCUGAAGAAGACGAAGAAGAGGGAAUACACCGAGAAGGAAUUGGACCUGCCUCAGUUGAACAUGAUCACGCCCGUGGGUGUGGUGAAGCCCAAGGGCAAGAAGAAGGGCAAAACUUUCGUGGACGAUGCGGAGGGAAUGAUGACGAUUCUUGCCAUGGUUAAUGCCGACAGGGAGGGUCAGAUCGAGUCGAAGCUAAUGAAGGCCCGUCAAUUGGAGGAGAUCCGUGAGGCGAAGAGGAAGGAGGCCGAGGCCAGGCACGCGGAGAAAAAGAACAAGCUGGAAGAGGUAAAACAAUCGAUUCGCAAUAAGAAGCACAAGGGCGGCCCUAAAACCGACAAAGCGGACUCCGUACCCGACAAGUCGUCCAAAUCGAAGGGCAAGAGAAAGAGCGUCUCAUUUGCUUGAUUCCGUUUCAUUUUGUAUAAAAGUAAUGCUGUCUAUAUCAGGUCUAUGUAUCUAGAUGGGUCUCUGGCGUUU